CCUUUUGAUGGCAACAAAUUGAUUCUAUCAACAAGAAGGCGGGACCAAAGAGAAAAAAAAUUCUAUUCUUUUUUUUGCUUUUCUUUCAAUACAAAUGGACGAUCUUCAGAUGAUUAGAGUUUAUAAAGGAGAAAACAUUUGAUCUGUUGAUUUGAUUGCAAUUAAUUUACGUUUUAAUUUCUUUCAUUUGAUUUUGUGUCUUGUUAUUACGAUUGUUAUAUUGAUCUCUUUCUGUGUUUGUGUUUGUAUCUGUGUGUCUUUGUCUUUGUCUUUCGUCAAAUGGAUUUGUUAAUCUCUCACCAUCAUCGUCGUUCUCAUUGGCUUUUGAUUGUUAUUCUUUUAAUCUCUGGGUUGGUGACAAUUUUUGCUGAUUCAUCGACUGUUAAUUCUAAUUCCACAGUAAAUUCAACGGAUACUGACUCUUCUCGUGAGGAAACAUCGGCUGAAGAUGAAGACGAAGAUUUGUACUUGCCCGUUAUUGAAUGUAAACCAAAUGUUACUAUUGAGGAGAUUUUCUUGGAAAAUAAGAUUACCCAAGAUUUAGGGUUAAAUUUUAGUGAUCAUUAUAUGGCUUUAACUGAGAUUGAAUAUAGUGAGGGAUUAUCUGUUCAUUGUGGUAAUGAAUUAACACCCAAUCAAACCUCUCAAGAACCUGUUAUCUUUAAUUACCAUGGUGGUUGGUAUGAACAUUAUUCAAUUGUUAUGAUUGAUCCCGAUGCAUCCAAAGAUGUUGGUACAGUCCUUCAUUGGAUGAUUGUUAACGUUCCUGGUUCUAAUUAUACUGAUGGUGAAGUUUCCUGUUCUUAUCGUGGACCCAAACCUCCACUGGACACUGGACUUCAUCGGUAUAUCACUUUAGUCUAUUUACAACAAUAUUCUGGACCGGUCACUUUUAAGGAUUACUCACAAAAUCGAUACAAUUUCAAUUUAACCUCAUGGGUAUCAGAAAAUAGUUUAAUUGGUCCAGUUUUUGGUAACUUUUUCAAGGCUCAAAACAAAUCUCCAGGCAAAUCACCUUAAUCACCUAAUAGAUUAACAAAAUCUAUUAUUAACCUUGACCUAAAUCUUUUACCAAAGAAAAUUGGACAAGCAACUAAAUCAAUCCAAUCCAAUCAAAUCAAAUCCAUAUUUUAAUUGUUGUGUUUUUUUUUAUCCUUCGACACUAUUAAUCCAUCCGGAGACAAUAAUUGAAAAGGAAUUACAUCAAAAUCUAUUCUAUUGUUGAUUCUUGUUAAAUAUAUUUAACUGAAUAUGACUUUGUUAUUGACAAUUUAACGACAAUAACAAUUUAACCCGUAAAAUAAUUAAAUAACCUUCAUUGCUUCAA